UAGAGAAUAGAUCUCACAUCGAAUAAAAAAUAUUAGUCAAAAUUUCCAUUCUCUGAAUUAAAGUUUUGAAAAAGAAUUUUGGCAUUUUUGACAAAAUAUUACAGUUAUCAUGAGGAGAGGUUUAUAUGGUGCUUUUCAUAAAUCCAUGGUGAAUAAAGUAGUUGAGUGUGUUACACUAAAAUCUUUAACUUGUCAUAAUGGGUUUUAUACUGGCUGUGUUCCACCACAUCUAUCCGAAGAGUUGAUAAGAGAGCAGUUUUUUGAGAAUGAAAACAAACUGAAAUUAUUUCAGCGUUUUCUGGAGGUCAAUUCAGAUAUAAAAAUACCAGCAAAAGAAGCCGCUGCUAGUGUUUUCAUGCCACUAUGCAUUGUAGAUAAUCAUUUAUCACUUCUUUAUACCAUUCGUACAUCAAACUUGCCUACACACAAAGGAAAAGUAUGUUUUCCAGGUGGCUUGGCCAGCUCAGCUGAUACAUCCUUAGUUGAUGCUGCCCUUCGAGAAGCAUAUGAAGAAUUAGGCAUCAGUAAACACCAGAUUGAUAUCUGGGGAUUAUCUGCUGAAUACCCAGACCAAUCACUUAGAUAUAAUGUUAAAGCAGUCCUUGGAAAUCUGGGAAAGUUAGAUCUAAAAACAUUAAAUAUUAAUAAAAAAGAGGUUAACGAAGUUUUCACUUUGCCAAUACAUCAUCUAUUGAAUGUGAGAAACCAUGGUUACACAACAUACAAAUUCGGUGUAACAAUGCCAGUGUUUUUAAACUCACAUCAGAACAUUUGGGGAUUAACAGCUAUUCUGACUGAUUCACUGCUUACUGCUGCAUUUCCUCAUCUUCAUAAAAAAAUAUUCGAGCAGUUCGAUGCUGAACUUGUUUUAAAUCCCUCACAUUAAUUUUUCUUUGAUUAAAUAAAAAUAUAAUAUUUUUAA